UUCCACCAUCAGCAGUCUCGCAUAUCCCGUUAUUUUGUGUUCAUUCAUAUUCUGCUGGUUUUCUGGAUUUACGCACGUUUGUUUACCUUUUAUGCUGAUGUGUAGAGAGCCACGAUGGACAAUGAAACAACGAAGCGAGAUUUACAACGCAAGCUACGAAAUUCAAAGAGAAUUAUAAGUAAAUACGAUUGGUUAAUCGAUUCAUAUGUUUUAGAUUUUUACGUGGACAAUCAUUGGGAGCAACUACCACCGAGCUGGAAACUGUGCUUCGAUGGGCUGGACGUUCGGGAGCUGAAAGGUCUCUUAACCGAUGACAAAUUCAACACACGGCAUUUGUGGCCAUUAUCUAUCCUAGCUUUACGAAUCCUUUUUCGGGAGUAUUGUCUGGCCCGGAAUCUCAAUAUAGAAACAGAUUUGGAAAAUGAACGAACCCAAUGUCGAGCUAAGCAGAAGUUGUUUGAUAAAUCAGUGAAGCUGAAAAAACGUCACGAAAUUGAAAAGUUUGGCGAACAGUGCUGGAAAACUGGAAGAAAAACAAAUGUUCAACAUUUGGUCGACAUUGGCUCAGGGCAGGGAAAUUUGGCUCGCACUUUGUGCUAUGGAUUUGAGUUCAAGGUUUGCUGCAUCGAACAAGAUGAAAAGCUGGUCGCAUCGGCAAGACUAAAAGAUGAAGAGGUCUCGUCGCGAUUGAAACGGCAGCUGAAAAUUGAAACCAAGCAUCACCCCGUCCAUCUCAGUAAGAAGGUGGACUUGGAGGCAAUUGAUCCUAGUCAGUUCGUUGAAAUGGUGAGGGAUGCCUUCAACGUAGAGAAGGAUGCUUCGUUUCAGUUUGGUCUCGUUGGAUUGCAUCCUUGCGGGGAUCUCGCCGUGUUCUUGAUGAAGCUCUUCCUAUCGUGCCCAGAAGCAAGAUUUAUUAAACUAGUUUGUUGUUGCUACAUGAAACUGAGUACCGCUAAGGAUAAGUGUACCAACUAUGGGUUCCCCAUGAGCACAUUCAGUAAACAGCUUGGGCUUGGACUGAGCUAUGAAGCAAGGGAAAUAGCUUGCCACGCAAUCGAGCAGUACAACCGUAAACUAGGUGGCGAUUAUGGAGAAUUAAAGGUGCAUGCUUUUCGAGCGGCAGUGGAGAAAAUUAUUGUCAAACUUUAUCCACAUUUAAAGCAUUCCGGACUACGAAGCACUAAGGUCACCGAUCUUAACUUUCGCCAAUACUGUGAUAAGGCAACCAAUGGAAUGGGGCUUGAGCUGCCAGCGGAGGAAUUGGAAUCAACCGAAACGGUGAACGAUUUGCAUCACUGGGAAAGGGUGGUCAAGUUCUACACGUUACGGUUGAUGUUCGCUCCGUUGAUUGAGUCGAUUGUGUUGUACGACCGUUGGCUGUAUCUGCUUGAACAGGGAAUCCAGUGCGGCUUGGACGUUAUAUUUGAUCCUAUAUGUUCACCACGGAAUCAUGCGUUGACUGGAGAAAAAUAGCUAAUGCCUAUUAACUCCGAA